UCUCCGUUUUUUCCCGUGGUCGGAAAUUAUUUUUAUUGCAACGACGAUUUAAUCGUCAGUUUGGGUUUUCGUCGAUCUGCUUUACGACGACCAUGGCGCCGAUUAUCAGAUCUACUCCUCUUCUCACUUUGUUCGUCUCUAAGCUUUGCUUCUUCUUCUUCAUCUUCUGUGCUUCCUCUCUUCCAACCUCAUUGGGGUCUGAGGACACUUACACGAUCACUGGUAGAGUGAAGAUCUCGCAAAGCAUUGAGAUUGGUGUCGCAGCCCAAUUCUCGAAUGUCAAGGUCAUACUCAACGGUGGACAGAACGUCACUUUUCUCAGGCCUGAUGGAUAUUUUUCAUUUCACAAUGUACCAGCUGGGACUCAUUUGAUCGAAGUAUCUGCACUUGGCUACUUCUUUUCUCCGGUACGAGUUGAUGUUAGUGCUCGGCAUCGUGGUAAGGUACAAGCAACACUAACCGAAACCAGGAGGAGCCUCACCGAGCUGGUUUUGGAACCGUUGAGGGAAGAGCAAUAUUACGAGAUGAGAGAGCCUUUCUCCGUAAUGUCGGUCGUGAAAAGUCCGAUGGGUCUUAUGGUCGGAUUUAUGGUCGUGGUUGUGUUCCUGAUGCCCAAACUGAUGGAAAACAUAGAUCCGGAGGAAAUGAAGAGGGCGCAAGAGGAAAUGAGGAGCCAGGGAGUGCCUACGCUCUCCAGCUUGCUGCCUGGGGCAGCUGCCCGCUAAGAGGGUUUUUUUUUCCCUUCAGUUAGUUGAAUUUGCAUGUAGAAUAUGAUUUAUUAUUAUUGGUCAGGAAAGAUGGCUUGGACUUUGGGUUUUCUUCAAACAUUUCAUCCUAUGAACCUGUUCCAUUAAUAAGCAGAUCUAUAUGCAUCAUCGGUUCUUUUU